AUGGUCGUUACGAAUGGGGAAUCCCCACUGCCCUUCCCCGCACAGCAGUCAAUACAUGCAUAUACACACACACACACUUACUUACAUACCCCGGCCAUCGAAGCCGACCGGCUAUCCUACAGCCGAUAUCGUCAUCCCUCGCGGCCAAGCACGUUGAUGCUGCCUCGCGCAUAUCCAACCCCGCGACCUUCCACCCUGAGUUAG